AUGAAUCCCGAGCAACCAGACUUUUCCAACGCAAGAACGCUACAUUUCCGUACUCACGAUGACGGUGAUAACGUCAAAGAAGAAAGCGUUCGGUCGGACCGAGGAAACAUCUUCGACAACGUUUACAAAAUGACUACUAUAGAUAGAAAUCCAACGUGGUGGAAGAGGAGAUCGACGUUGGAACGCGGGCUAACCGUGAUAGCAGUUUGCGGAGUGCUUUUAUGCAUCGCGUUGGCUGUUGCACUUGGUGUUCUGGCUGCGAACACCGCAACCUGCGACGCGUCAUCCAGAAACGAUCCUGUUAACUCAGAGGGAUUACCAUCCACAGCCGAUGCCCUAAAUGGAUAUCAACGGAACAAAGGCGUUCAUGUCAUUGACAAAGGAUCCGGCUGUGACGAGGACGUAUGUUACACGAAAGAAUGUAUCCAUACGGCCGCUAGAUUGUUGAAGAACAUGGAUUCCGAGGUAGAACCGUGCGACGACUUUUACGAUUUCGCUUGCGGUGGUUUUCUCAAGUCUACCAUCAUCCCGGAUGACAAGACCAGCGUAAACACGUUCACUGAAAUUAGCGACGAGCUGCAGAACCAGCUAAGAGCCAGUAUCGAGGAGAAAAGUUCACCGGAUGAACCGAAACCGUUCAGACUCGCCAAGAAUUUAUACAAGGCUUGCAUGAACAAGACUGUCAUCGAGCAGCAAGGUUUAGACCCUUUGCUCAACAUUUUGCAAAAACUCGGUGGCUGGCCUGUGUUGGAAGGUGACCAGUGGAACGAAAAUGAGUUUAACUGGAAGGAGUCGGUGUACAAAUUCCGCGAGAUGGGUUACUCUGUCGACUACUUUAUAGAUUUCAGUAUCGGCGUUGAUCUGAAAAACAGCACGAAACGAACAAUCGACUUGGAUCAAGCAGCCCUUGGAUUAUCGCGCGAAUAUUUAUCCAAAGGUUUCGACGAUAAAAUCGUGCAAGCCUACUACAGCUACAUGGUCGAUAUCGCGGUAAUUCUUGGAGCGAAUAAAACCGAUGCAAAAACUGAAUUGAAGGAGUCGUUGGAAUUUGAGAUGAAACUUGCCAAUAUUUCUUUGCCGAAUGAAAAACGUCGCAACGCUACUCUGCUCUACAAUCCCAUGACGAUACGAGAGUUAUCCAAGACCUAUUCCAGUAUCCCGUGGAAGGAAUACUUCAACACUCUUCUGGCGACUAGUGCUCAAGUAGACGAAGAGGAAGUCGUGAUCGUCAGCGUUCCAAAUUACAUCACAAGCUUGGAAAAAUUAUUAGCCACCACACCGAAAAGAGUACAAGCUAACUACGUGAUGUGGAGAGCAGCCGCAUCUUCUGUAAGCUAUCUGACGGACGAAAUUCGCAAGAGACAACUGCAAUAUUCCACGGCGUUAAGCGGAAAAACGGAGAGAGAACCCAGAUGGAAGGAGUGCAUCGAUACAGUUUCCAGUAGCUUGGCCAUAAGCGUCGGCGCGAUGUACGUUAGGAAAUACUUCAAAGAGGAUGCCAAGAAAAACGCUGUAGACAUGGUGGCUGAUAUUAGGCAAGAAUUCACUAAGAUACUCAAAAAGGUCGAUUGGAUGGACGAAGAAACGAGAAAGAGCGCUCUGAACAAAGCAGCCAGCAUGUCCAGUCACAUCGCCUACCCCGACGAAUUACUGGACGACAAGAAACUGGAGAAAUUUUACGAGAAACUGGAAUUAACGACAGAUAAUUACCUAGAAGGUAUCUUAAAUCUGACUUUAUUCGGGGUCGAGUAUUCUUUCAGUAAACUGAGAAAACCUGUGAACAAGACCGACUGGGUAACUCACGGAAGACCCGCCAUCGUUAAUGCUUUUUAUUCGUCCAUCGAGAAUAGUAUACAAUUUCCCGCUGGUAUCUUGCAAGGUGCUUUCUUUAGUAACGAUCGACCAAGGUACAUGAAUUAUGGCGCUAUCGGUUUCGUUAUUGGCCACGAAAUAACGCAUGGCUUCGAUGAUCAGGGCAGGCAAUUCGAUAAAAACGGAAAUCUGGUCGACUGGUGGGCACCACAAACAAAAGAAAAGUAUCUGGAGAAAGCAGAGUGUAUUAUUCACCAAUACGGCAACUAUACCGUGGAAGAUGUUAACUUGAACUUAAAUGGUAUCAAUACUCAAGGUGAGAAUAUCGCCGACAACGGAGGAAUAAAAGAAGCCUAUUUAGCAUAUCAAGAAUGGGUACAAAGAAAUCAUGCGGAGCCAAAAUUGCCAGGACUCCCUUAUAGUCCUGAACAAUUGUUCUGGAUCAGUGCAGCGAACACUUGGUGUAGUAAGUACAGGCCGGAAGCGAUGAAACUUCGCAUUACCACUGGUUUCCACAGCCCUGGUAAAUUCCGUGUUCUGGGGCCACUUUCCAACAUGGAGGAGUUCUCGAAGGAUUUCAACUGCCCUCUUGGCUCGAAGAUGAAUCCCAAAAAGAAAUGCGCUGUUUGGUAAAGAUCAAUACAGUGCAAGAACAAUGAGAUAGCAGAAGUUAUAGCUAAUCGACAGCGAUGAAAUUUGUUCUUCAAAAUGUUAAAGAAGAAAUGAUUGAUCUGAAACAGCUUUCCUCUGGAAGUUUCGUUAGAAUUGACAAUCUGGUUCAGUCAGCGGAAACUGUUAGAAAUAAAAUUUGCGUGUAGCUCGGCGGAUCGUCGUAAAUCAUGAUGGGAUCUGCUUAAGGAAUAAAAGUGAAGGUGCUUCGGUAGCAGUGGAACUGAUGAAAUUCAAUUUAGAGGCACGAUCGUGCUCGAGAAAGAUCUCACUAAAGAUGCCCAAAGAGAUCCUCGUUCAUAAAUUGACUUGAAUUACAUGGUUACACAGUGCAUGUUACUAACAUUGUUCGCUAAUAUAUAAGUCCUUUUUUAUGAGAGAGACGUCCGAGUUCCGACUAGUAUUGUAAAUAAAGAAACCAGCGAGAAACGAGGCAGCGCGUCAUGAUGAUUUGAAAUUUUCUGUAAUUGCAUUCUGAGAAAUCGGAUAAGCGGGUGUUGUAGGUUUUGAAAUAUCGAAGAAAAAUGGAACGAAAAUGGACACGUUUAAACUGUGAUGAUUUUAUAGGAAACGACAAUAAAAUAGUGAAAACGGUCUUUCGAUUAAAACUGUAGGAUGACGCGCAAACAAAAAAAAAUAUAUAUAUAUAAUUGUAUUGUUAAUUAUAUUUUCAAAUGACAUUGUUUUACUGAUAUAUAUAUAUAUUUAUAUAUAUAUAUAUAUAUUAUUAAUAUAUAUAUUUAUAUAUAUGUAUGUAUUAAACGAUAAAGUUAAUACGUGCUUUUUUGCUAUCUGUAUGAUAUUCAUUAGGCUCCGUUGAGCAGCGUAAGGUUGUUCAUUAGAGUUACCAUUUCAAAGUACUUAGACAAUGUAGUAUUAAUCGUAGUUUUUAACGUACAGGUGACGAAUAAACACCUGUGUAAUUACUUUUGUACUAUUUUACUUUUGUUUUUGCAUCUAUGUAUCGCAUAAGCGUUUAUUUGUAUCGUAAUUUCUUUGUUUCUCGAUUUCAAUCACAACAUUACCGCGUGAGGAUCUAACACUUAGAGCCAGCGAUACUACUUAUAUUUAUUAUAAUAUCAUAUUAUUUUAAGUUUAAACAGUUUAAAUGUAUUCAGUUCAGGUUUAAAUGUAUCCAGUGUAUUUUUGUUGAAUAUAAAAUUUUUAGAAAAAUA